CUCCCAGGUGCAACUUUGAAGUCAGCACGUCCAUGUCGCCCAUUCGUGUCAUUCCCCUCUUCUCAUAGCUGCCCUGCACUCACCCGCAGUAAUUCUUCUUAUCGAUUGAAGAAGCCAGUCUUCUUCUUCCAUUCUUUCUGCGCACCACAGCUGGGGGAUAGCUGGUCUCAGCAAGCGGAGCACGUCGUGCAACCAUGUUAUUCGCAAGGCCAUGGACAAGUUUGUGCCUGCUGGCGGGGAGUCUCACGGGUGCUUUGGCCCGAUCUGGUGGACUGAUUGAGGAUCCUGAUAUCAAGGCUAUCCCGCUACGGACACACAGCAUCGAGCCUCCAUACCUCGACUCGGACAUGCAGAGCCGCUGGUGGGACUUCGGCGGAGACACUAUUAUUCGAACCGACAAAUACAUCCGACUCGCCUCGGACAAGCCCUCGCGCGAUGGCUGGCUAUUUUCACGGGUGCCCUUGACGGCUACAAACUGGGAGAUUAAAUUCGAGUUCAAGAUCCACGGCCAGGGCAAUCUCUAUGGCGAUGGAUUCGCCAUGUGGCUCACCAAGCAGCGAGCUCAACCAGGAAACGUCUUCGGCCACGCAGACAAGUUCGAGGGUCUCGGCAUCUUCUUCGAUACCUACAAGAACAACCGCCCCGGCACCGUGUUCCCCUACAUCAUGGCUAUGAACGGUGAUGGGCAGACUGUGUACGACAAGGACAACGAUGGUAAGGCCAACGAGGUCGCUGGAUGCUCUGCUCGCGGAAUCCGCAAUGCCCAAGUGCCUACCAGAGCACGCCUGACCUACUUUCAGGACCAAUUCCUGCGCCUGGAACUCCAAUACAAGUCGGAAGACGAGUGGACGCAAUGCUUCGAAAUCCCCAACUUCAAAGUCCCACCGGUCGCGUACUUGGGCUUUUCCGCCGAGACAGGCGAACUCUCCGACCACCACGACAUAAUCUCCGUCAAUAGUCAGAACCUUUACAAGAAGAACCCUGGCUCGAAGCCCUCAAGCCCGAGCGCAUCUGGCGGGAAGGCGGCAAGCUUCAUGGUUAGGGAGAAGAGUGGGAGCUGGACGUGGUUCAUCGUAAAAUUUGUGCUGUUUGGUCUGGCGCUGACCGGUGCGUACGUCGGGUACACUGUCUACCGGACACGACAGCGGGAUAGGUUCUAGGGGAACGAGACCAAAUACCUGCAGUAUAAUCGUGCGAGCCGUAUGCGCCGCGGUUACUCCCGACGAAACGCGCGGCGUGGAGAUUCCGAGGAUGGAGAUGAGCACGACUGGGCGACCUUGUACAAAGUUGGAUGACGGAGUUGGAGCGGGGAAAAGUAGCCUGAGAAAGGCUAUCCAUAUUAUUGCGCAUUGCUUGUUCCUUCCCUAGCGGUUGCUGUCACAACACUCGACUCCUAGCAAAUACCAUUUGAAAACUACCAAACACGUAAAGCACUUGAGAAA